AUGCCAAAGAAUCCAAAGCUUGAAUAUGAUUCAAAUAUACCUGCCUUUCUACAGAAGCUCCGAGGCGAGUAUGGGGACACCUCAGGCCGUUUAGAGCGACCCAUCGAACGAGCACGAAACCCCAAGCAGACCAAGGACGAAGACGAUGAUGAGCCCGUCUAUAUUGAUGAAGAGAGCAAUGCAGUGAUUUCUAAAGAGGAUUAUAAGGCCUUGGUUGAAGGAGACACCCCAGGCCAAACGGAAGGUUCUUCUUCCACGGGACAAGCAGGCACAAAUACCUCAGAUCCGGCCAAGCAAAGUAAUAAGUCCCAGAUAGGCGCCCAAAGGAAGCGAAAGCAGAUCAAAGUGGUGGGUGAGGAAGACAAUACCGAGUCGAAGCUGAAGCCCAAUACGCCAGCCGCUCGAAAGCCCAAGAAAGGGAAGAAGAUCAAGUUGUCCUUUGACGAGGAAUAA